AUGAGCUGGCAAGCAUUAGACAUUUCCAACAACCAGAAUUACAAAUCAGACGAUGACUAUCAGACAGAGAGCGAUAGCGAAUACGAAGACAUUGAAAUCACAGGCUGGGGUGACAAUGUCAAAAAAGAAGCAACUUGGAACACUUUAAUUGAUCCUUCUGUAAAGGUCAAGGCUGGUGGCAUCGGCUCAGGUGAUUUACAUAGAAGAGGUGGCAAUUUCAAACCGCUCUCAGAAGCUGCUAUUUUGGCACAAAGACUCAGUAAAGGUAUUCCCUCCAAGAAAUCAUCUAAACCCAAGAAAUCAAAGAAAAAGUCGUCUGUCCAUGUCCCUCCAAAGCCAGCGCCAGUGCUUGGAAGGGUGAAUCGUCCCUAUGUGCCUAAGGUAAAACCAAGCGUACCCGCGAGGGCACCUAUCAAGGAUCUAUCUGCCUCUACGUGGGGUUCUGCUCCUCUGUCUGAUACGCCAUUCUGGGAAAAGAAUCAAAAUCCUCCAAAGCCCAUCAUUCCUGCUACUGCUACUACUACGACUACUAUUAAUACUAAUACUUAUACUCCUGCUGCUGUGGCUUCAUUCACUCGACAACAGUCUACAGUCCCACAACUUCCAGUUUUUGGAUUCAAGCAGCUCAAUAUAUCACAAAGUGCCAAAGCGACUCAUGAGCCAGUGGACAGCAAAUCAUUUGCACCCAACUCAUUCCAAAACAAUACCUCUUGGGGAUCAAAAGCACCUAUUGAAAUUGAAUACUCACUGAUGAACCCACCCAUCCUUACACCAAAAACUAAGACGCUUUCAUCUAAAAAAUUGCCUGCCUUCAGUGUCGCUCCUGCCGUCGAACAUCCAAUAAAAGAAGCUGACAAUCAACCUGCCAUCUCCAUUAAUACCACUAAUACCAAAUGGAACAUUGAAGCUCAAGGAUUUACCCCCAUCGCUGCAAAGACAGAAACCCCAAAAUGGAACGUGGACGCUCAAGGAUUCAUUCCCACUGCCAAAACCGAGGCUUCCAAGUGGAAUGCCUCUGUUCCCAGCUUUGUACCCUCCACAGCCUCUACUUCUACGUCCUCUUCUGCACAGAGCCCUAUCCCAGGCCCUGCUUUCUACAAUGCUGAUGCUCCUGCAUUCGUACCCACGUUUGUGCCACCACCAUCUGUCAAAAAGAUUUUGAAAAUCACAUCCCCUAAUGCAGCACAUACAGACAACAAUACUACUGCUACUAAUAAUACCACAACUGCAAAUACUCUAUCACACGCCAAAUCUCGAGUUCAUUUAGAUCAAUCCUUGUUGCGCAGACAUUUGGAUAUCAAGCCUUCUACUGCUCAACAGACACAGUCAGAAAACCCUCAUACCAACACCCCUUCCACCACAAAAGAUCAUCAACAUCAAGAUUAUCAAUUGAAGUCUCAAACUCAACCAGAAAGCACACGAGGAUUUGAACGCGAACCCUUUUUGAGAAUUCAUUUGGAAAUUAGCGAGGGUAUCAGUACCAGUAUCCUCGUGGAGGAAGGAUCCAAUCCUGAAAGCCUUGCUGAGGAGUUUGGCGUUACUCACAAGCUGAAGAUGACACCCAAGGCAAAGGCGAGUAUGGCUGCUUUUAUUGCUCGGUUGAUUGAUGAGAAGAAGAACAAAGCAAAACAUGGAUUGCUGGAUUGA